AUGGCUUGUGUGGCUGUACUUUCUCUUAUGAGGACAAUGGAGCUUGAGUUCUUGCAGCCUCACCCUCGUCCAAUUCUACAACAAAAUGAACUGCUCAUCCCUCCCAACAUAGAGUUGAUCCAAUCUCUUAUUGAGUUAUUUGAUGAGAAUAGGACUGAUGGUGUGGAGGCAAUUAAAAACUUGGAAACCAGACUCAGAGAUGUAGCUUUCAGAACUGAAGAUGAAAUUGAACUCCAAGUAGUACAUCUUUAUGAGGAAGAGGAAAGGGAUACUCGUGGAUGCUCAAUGCUUUGCCAAAUUGUUCAUCUGGCAAAAACUUUGCCUUCUCUCAGACUUCGUCAUAUACUGCAACAAGCAAUAGAAGACAUUGAUGCCAUCAAAGAAGAGCUGGUGAAAGUGAAGGAGGAGUAUCAGUUUUCCAAAGAUCUACACGGAAGAAAUGUUGCCCUUCAUGUUUUACCAAAGCCUGAUGAUGAAGUUAUCACGAUGGCUCAUUCUUCCCACCGUGCUUCGCACUCCAAGGAAAUAAUGGUUGGAAAACAGGAUGAGUUUGAGAUUAUAAUGGAGAAGCUAAUCCAACAUCAAUCCAAGCAGCAAGAAGUUGUCUCAAUUAAAGACAAAAGCAGUGAUGGGGACCUAGCAUUACUACUCUACCAAAGUUUCAAGAAGUGUCAAAGGUACUUGGUUGUGAUGGAUGACGUAUGGAGCAUAGAGGCAUGGUAUGCUUUCAAAACUUGCUUUCCCGAUGAUGGAAAUGGUAGUCUAGUAUUGUUGACAACUCGCCUUGCAGAGGUGGCUAAUCAUACCUGCUCCAAAGAUGACUUUUCUCAUCAAAUGCAAUUGUUAGAACAAAGUGAGAGUUGGGAACUAUUUAAUGAAAAGGCACGUAAAUCUCGCGGUGCUGAAUUUGAAACGAUUGGGAGACCAGUAGUUGAAAAAUGCAAAGGACUGUCUUUGACAAUUAUUGUGGUUGCAGGCCUUUUUUCCAAACUCAACAAUCUAGAUGAGUGGAAGAAUACUGCCAAUGCUCUAAAUUCUUCUUCUGCAACUACUCUAGAUGAUGAAGAAUGUUCAAGAAUAUUCUUAUUGAGUUACAGUCAUUUGCCCCACAACUUGAAAGCUUGUUUUUUAUACUUGGGAAUUUUUCCAGAAGAUCACGAGAUCAAUGCUAAUCAACUGGCAAGGUUAUGGCUUGUCGAAGGACUCGUAAAGGCAUUUGAGAAUGAAAACUUUGAUGGAGUGGCUAAAAGGUACAUUCAAGAACUUAUGGAUAGAAACCUGAUAAUUUUAAACAAGCUAAGCUGUUGUGGAAGAAAAGUGAAGAGGUUUAGGAUGCAUGAUUUAUUGCAUGCCUUUUGUGUGAAAGAAGCUCAAAACGAGAACCUUUUGCAUGUUGUUCAGAGUGAAAAUAGUUCUUAUUAUCCUCAGAAAGGUUUUCUCUGGUAA